AUGAAAGACAAUCAACACUUCCGGACAUUAUCUCAAAGUUUGGAUCAAUUGAAUGACCAGAAGAUUACCACAAAUGACAGUCAUAUUAGCACUGGAUCUGAUAGUGGACUCAAGAGUUCAUUAAAUGACCAAAAAUCAAGACAAAAACGAUUGAAAACUCAAGAAGUGAUUGAAUCAAAUGAAGACACCAUUAGUGAAGACUCGGAUGAAAGUUAUGUCAAAUCUAUUAGAACUUUGGCCAAAAAUAAACGCAAAUACACUAAAAGACAGCCAAAAGUGUCCACAAAAGCGAAAACAAAACAAUCGAUAUCUCUAUCGAAACCAUUAAAAGAUAAGACAUUAAAGACAGAGACGAUAACCACCGAUGACUCGAACGGAGACAACGAUUACACGAUUGAAAGCGAUGUCAAACCGAAGAGGACUCAGAAGAAGAAAUGUGUCGUCCCAUUGACUACCAUAUUGUCGACGACGUCUGGUCUUAAUCUGUGUCGCGAUAACAUCAAGAAGUGUUUGGAUUUGUCCACCAAUUCAUACAAAUGUCCGGAAACGGGUUGUCUGUUCUCUUCGGCCAAACAAUACUUACUCUUCUGUCACAUGUAUAGCGUUCACACCGAACGGCGGAUCAAAUGCACGCACGAGGGGUGCGACAAACGCUUCAUUAAACCCUCUAAAUUGAGCGCACAUUUGAUUGUCCACUCAAAGGACAGACCGAAGAGGACUCAGAGGACCACAUCUAUGGUGCCCUUCAAAACCAUACUAACGACGACAUCGGGUUUGAAUCUGUGCCGCGAGAACAUCGAGAAGUGUCGCGAUUUGGCCACCAAUUCGUAUAAAUGUCCGGAAACUGGUUGUCAGAAGUUUACGGCCAAACCGUACGCAAUGUACAAACAUUUGUAUCAAAAACAUACCCACCGGCGGAUCAAAUGCACGCACGACGGGUGCGACAAACACUUCACCGCUAUGUGGAUAAUGACCAGACAUUUGGCCACACAUUCAGACGAGAAGUCGUUUAAAUGCGAUUACUCCGAGUGUCAACACUCGUGCAGAAGUGCGGCCGCUUUGAGAUUACACGUGACUGACCGGCACUCGACGGACCAGCCGUUGAGAUGCCAUUACGCGGGCUGUCGAGUGGCCCACAAGACAUAUGGCAGCAAAAAUGCUUACGAACAACAUUUGCUGACACAUAAAGCGGAGCCCACCUUCCGGUGCGGAACCGAUGGUUGCGAUCACAUGUUCUUCACGCGCGGCAAACGGAUCAGACAUCAGAUCGAAGCGCAUAAUAGGAUUCCCAAUACCCGACGCAAGUAUCGGUGCGAUUGGCCCGGAUGUGAAUGGAUGGGCGAGAAUAUACAGGACCACAAACGCGAUCACUUAGGCAUCAAACAGUGGCCGUGUCUUUGGCCCGACUGUGGCAUGAAAUUUAAGGCGAGAGUCAAUUUCGAAGACCACAUGAAUAUACACAACAACGUGAAGCCCCACUCAUGCCAUUGGCCCGGAUGUGACUUUCGGGCUUAUGUUAGGACUAGUGUUAAGAAACAUAUUAACCGCAAACAUAAAAAAUAA